AGUCGACCAACUGCCUCAGUGUGAAGUCCGUCUGCGAUGUCCAGCUCCACGUGGCGGUGCGAUGCAGAAGCACCCGACAGGCACCCACUAGCCGUGGUCGAACACCGGGGGACCACCUCACCGACACAGUCUUCCAGCAGCGAUUCACCACGCCACCGGCACCACCAGACGCAGCCCGCUCGAAGCACCGAUCGCACCGGAGAAACUUCCGCACCACCUCGGCAAACUGACGUCACACGGCGACCGGCUUUCGAGACACCUUACACCAGCCGCUUGGUAGCGACUCUCGAGCCACCCUGUGGCGAGAGCCAGACAGCGACCUACGACCUCGGGGACGCCACCUGCGCGACUCCACCUGGAGUACCGCCACGCUUCACCCCACUCAGAGCGCCUCAGAGUGAGACUCGCGUGUGGGUAACUUCGCUCGAUCAAGAUCUCGGACUUCACUCUGCCCGACCGCCGUCAGGACAACGAAGUGCAUCCUCUGUAUGGGCUUCCGAAUGCAGUGUUCCAGGGGAGUCUCUAAGUGAACCAGAAGCGGAACGUAUUCGCUGUGUCUGCUCAGAUUCGGACAGCCCGUGCGAUUAUUCGUCGCCGACUCCUGAAGGGAGGGAAGUCGCGUCUGAGGCAUCUCCCACUGGAGACACAUCUUCCUCGCCACCUCGUACCACCCCCGCACCGGACAGCGAACCUCCCGGUCACUACCGUGACGAGUCGGGGCUUCCACCACAGAGUCCACGAGGAGAGGCAGUCGGGACUCAGACGGCAGAUGGUGGAGACGCUGGACUUGAGCCCCUACUAUUGGCCAGAGCCGCCGACUCUGCCGCCAUCAGAGGCGACGUCUACAUCCUCGUGAGUCCUGCCCGACACCUGCUGCGAAAGGAGCCCGGCGAAGGACACUACCACCACCACUGCUGCUGCUAUGCUUUCGGUGGGCCGCUAGAGGCCUCCUGGAUAGUCCCGGAGACUCGGCCCCUCGGCGAGUGGGGGCGGCAGCCGUACCCGGACGGCAGCGACGGUGGGCCCGUCGACGCCCUCGUCACCAGGACCAUCUCCGACUUGGACGUCACCGCCGUCGUCACCCGGCUCUGGUCCAGGCAGGCGGCGCGACUCACCAGCGCGCUCUCCCGGGUCGCCGACUCCGGCCGUCUCCUCGGAGCCUCCGACGAUGGUGAAGACCGUGGCGGCGGUGGGGGCGGAGGUCCGCAGGUGAAGUGGGGCAGUGGGGGCGGCGGCGACGACGACGACGACGACGACGACACUGCCGGCGACGCCCUCCAAACUGAUCCGGCCCAACUCAAUCGCCCAUCUGGGCAGGGUAGCCCCGGACCGCGCGAAUCGCCCACAGCGAGAGAGCGCCAGUUGACAACAAAAUCGACGAAAAGUCUUCCGAACGACUCCGACGGGGCAGCUUCUCCUCCCCGUUGCCACUGCGGACAAGUAGGGGAACCCCCGACACCGGUCCCUCCGGGCAGUCCCGACAGUGCUGCCACCACAUCCGACAGUAAAACUCCCCCGACAGUAGGAGAGGAAGUAGACCGACGACCGUAUCCAGUAUUAUUAGACGUAAACACAUCGUACAGAGUAGAAAAUUCCUCAGUGGGUGGAGAAAACCCGAGACCUCCGAUCAGCCCCAGUAACAGUGCUGGAAAAGUUUCCUCUGAUUCUGAGGACAUUCAGAUCUCUCCACGUUGUUCUCCCACUGAUUACCCGAGUGAAAAUUCCCAAGAGUGUGUUCACGACCUUAAGGACGCUCAAUACUUCACAUCCAGUGAGCAAACUGCAGGAUCUACAAAAUCUGAUAGGGAACAUUGUGGAACUGAUGAUGAUACUGAACACUGUGUUCCAAGUUCCAGGUACCUCGUGCAGGACAGUACCACGAUGAGCAGCUCGAGGAAAGUAGAGGUCCACGAGUAG